GCCGAGGGCUAUCAACCGGUUCCAAUGUAUGCUAUCAUAGAUGAAAUGUGCAGCUGAGUCCAAUUGAACCGUUUUUAAGCUCCCUUUGAGCUUCUUCCAUGCUUCAAUUGGGACCCUUAAGUGGUGCUUUCUCAUUAUGCCUCGGAGCUUUUUCCAGCUGUGUAUAAAUACAUACGUGUGGCUCCAAUCUUGCCGUCCGCAAUCUCAUUGUAGAAGACCUGAUAACAGCAGUUAGGCCCAGCACAGACAACAUGUCACGCAGCAAGUACUCUGCGCGGAACGAGUUCAGAAGCGACACAUUCACCACGCCUUCAAGGGCCAUGCUGGAGGCAGCGCUGGAUGCCUCUGUUGGCGAUGCUGUGUACGACGAGGACGACGAUACCAAUGAGCUCCAGGAGAGGAUUGCUCAGCUCACAGGGAAGGAAAGAGGCCUGUUCUGUGUGUCUGGUACGCUGGCGAACCAGAUUGGGGUCCGCACUCACCUGAAGGAGCCUCCCUACUCCAUCCUGUGCGACCAUAGGGCUCAUAUAUAUGUGCACGAAGCUGCUGGGCUGGCUAUGCUUUCGAAUGCAAUGGUUGUCCCUGUGAAGCCUUCAAAUGGCAUCUACCUUACUUUGGAGGACAUCCAGGAGCACUUCAUCGUGGACGAUGAGGAUAUACACAGUGCUCCCACGAAGCUCAUUGCGCUGGAGAACACCGUGCACGGUGUUGUCCAUCCCUACGAAGAGCUCGUCAGAAUCAGCCAAUGGUGUAAGGAGAACAAGAUCCCAUUACAUUGCGACGGUGCACGUCUCUGGAAUGCCAGCGUCGCCAGUGGCGUGACCUUCAAGCAGUACGGUGAGAUAUUCGACUCCAUCUCCAUCUGUCUCUCCAAAUCCAUCGGUGCACCAAUUGGUUCUGUUCUUGUUGGCUCCAAGCAGUUCAUCAAGAAGGCAAACCACUACAAGAAGCAGUGUGGUGGUGGCAUUAGACAGAGUGGGCCCAUGGCACGUAUGGCCAUGGUUGCCAUUGAUGAGAACUUGGGCAAGCUGGAGGAGACUCAUCGCAAGGCCAAGGAGCUCGCAGAUCACCUCGUUGCUAACGGCAUCGCGCUGAACGAGCCUCCAGACACAAACUUCGUCUUCAUCGACGUCAAGAAGUCUCCAAUCGACAAUGACUUGCUCAUGGAGAUUGCUGAGAAGCACAACGUCAACGUGUGGGCCGGACGUAUCGCCUUCCACUACCAAGUUGACGAUGAGGCCUUACAGAGUAUCAAAACAGCCAUCGUCGAGGCAUUCGAACAGACAAAGGCACUCGACAAGAAGAAUGUGGUUACAAAGAUCUACAACACAACCUCUGCUGAGUGAAAUAUCCACAGUUUAUAUACAUCAGUCGUUUAGAUAUGCGUUCCAUUUUGAUUAUAUGCGUUUUCUCUCCA